AUGGUGGAACGUUUCUUGGAGCAGCAGCAGGUUGUCUGUGCUGUCUUGGCUGAAGACAGGAAAAAAUGGCAUCUGAUGCCAAAAGACUCAGAUAUUACAGUUUUAGAAACUGUUAAAGCAGUUCUUGAGCCACUCAGUCAAUUUACUGAUGCACUUAUCGGGGAAAAACAUACCACCCUGUCUUCAGUCGUGCUGUUACUCUGGAAGAUAUUUGAGUGUCUCAGUCAUGAACAAAGUGACUCUGCAUUAGCCAAAGAGAUGAAGGAAAAGAUACACGAGUAUCUUCAGCAUCGCUAUGAUGACCUGCAGCUUCGGUUUCUUUUGAACACUGCAACCUACCUUGAUCCACGAUUUAAGAACAGCUUUGUCUCUCUAAAGGAUGAUGUAAAGCAAAGUCUCCUGAAUGAGGUGAAAAAAAUGGGCAAUGAAAAAGAAGGAAUUGCAUCUCGGGUGUCUGGAGGAUUGUCAAGUAAAGAAGUCAGGCCAUCGAAAAAAUCCAAAAAUCACCUAAAGUUUCUGCUUUCCACCAUUCAAGGGGAAAAGAAAGAAAAAGGAGAGCCAGCAUCCUCAAGUCAAGCACCUCUUUCUGCAAGUGACAAGAUAAAUGGUGAAUUCUUGCUGUACGAUCAGAUGCCUGAGGUCAGUGCUGAGGAUGAUCCACUUGUCUGGUGGAAAACAAAUAUGGGUACUCUACCUCAACUAUCAGAGUUUGCCAGGAAGUACCUUUGCAUUGCUGCAUCUAGCUGUUCAUCUAAAAGAGUGUUCAGUACUGCAGGGUACAUUGUUAGCCCAAGACGCUCAAGACUGAGUCAGGAACAUGUUGAUAUGCUAGUGUUUCUAUCGGAAAAUCUGGAAAUGGCAAAAAAAGUAACUUAA